UAUAGGUUUGAUUUCUGAAUGAAAACACGAACUAAACUCAUCUGACAGAUUCACCUGUGCAGGUGGGGAUGGGAUGCUGUUGAUAUCACAGCUGUCCCGCAGCAGAUAGUUGGAGCGUCGGAGGCAGGAGAUAAACCGGGAUGACACAAAAUUAACGAUAAUGACUUGAUAUCUCCAAACAAUUCAAGAUACCGUUAGCAAGCCCGGGGAAAUAACACUCUCUGUGCACAGCAGGGUUUGGUGAUAUUUAUCAGCGAAACCUUCGUCUCCUGUAAAGCCCACGGGUGAAAACGCGAGCUCUAUUUCCGGGCUCGUGACAUCGGCUAUAGUGGAGCGGGACGUUGGUGUGAGGGGCGCGGGGAGCGGAGCGGUGUCGGUUACCAUACCCGGGCUGGUGGACGACAGCAUGGCUGCGGGAAAGGGAGCAGGGAAGCCCCCCUCGCUGUGGGACAAUAUGCGGAUACGGUUCAUCGUUUGCUUCUUCGGAGUCUUUGUGUGUUAUUUUUACUACGGAAUAUUGCAAGAGACAAUCACUCGAGGUGAUUAUGGUCAAGGAGACAAGAAAGAGAAGUUCAUAUUCGCCCGGACACUGGUCUUCAUCCAGUGCAUUAUCAAUUCUGUGUUUGCUAAGAUCUUGAUCCAGUUUUUUGAGGGCUCAAAACCAGAUCACACCAAGAGCUGGCUCUAUGGCCUGUGUUCCCUCUCUUAUCUUGGAGCCAUGGUGUCCAGUAACUCUGCCCUUCAGUAUGUCAACUAUCCCACACAGGUGUUGGGAAAAUCCUGCAAGCCCAUACCAGUGAUGAUUCUUGGAGUUACAAUACUGAGGAAGAAGUACCCACUGGCUAAGUACCUGUGCGUGCUGCUGAUUGUGAGCGGUGUGGCUCUGUUCCUCUACAAACCCAACAAGAGCUCAGCUGUUGCAGAUGACCAUGUUUUUGGCUUUGGAGAGAUUCUGCUGCUGGUCUCUCUGACAUUGGAUGGUCUGACUGGUGUGGCCCAGGACCACAUGAGGGCUCGCUUCCAGACGAGCGCCAACCACAUGAUGCUGAACAUCAACAUGUGGUCCACUCUGGUGCUGGGACUAGCUGUGUUGUGGACAGGGGAAGUGUGGGAGUUCCUGAGUUUUACUGAACGCCACCCCAGCAUCUUCUACAAUAUCCUUCUGUUUGGACUGACCAGUGCUUUAGGCCAGACCUUCAUCUUUAUGACGGUGGUGUACUUUGGGCCUCUGACCUGCUCCAUCGUCACCACCACGAGGAAGUUCUUCACAAUCCUUGGUUCUGUUAUUCUCUUUGGCAACGUCAUGAGUACGAUGCAGUGGGUUGGCACCAUCCUAGUUUUCCUUGGUCUCGGAUUGGAUGCCAAAUUUGGCAAGGGCCCCAAGAAGACGACACACUAAAACAUCUGAAGCACAGAGAAAGACAGAAGCAUUGCAGAACAAAUGCAAACACUAUAUAGCCAGUAUCUUAUUUUCAUAAGACAUCCUGUUCAGGCAUACUGUAUGUGCCUAUGAUUUGUUCAAGUACAGUCAGAUUUUUUUAACUUAACUGUAUUUAAAAGAGUCGUCGUAGUUUUCAACUGCAGCUUCUGUUGAGUACUGUUGAUGUCCUGAAGAAAGCAUUUUACUAGGGAUCAAGUUUCGAAAGAGCUGUGACAAGCAUUAAUGUUCUUUGACCACAAGCUGCUGCACUUUUGUGGAGGAAAUUGUGGUAAAUACUGUAUUUAGACAAAUCCUUAAUGUUUCUGAAACCAGCUCACCUCCCUUCGAUGGAAGUUGAACCAAACAAAGCCUAAGAAACACAUUUCAGCAUUUAACUCAAGAACUUACCAACAAAUAAGGCUUGGUUUACAGAUUGUCUCUUGAAUACAUGUUAUUAUCACAUAUGUAGUUUAUUUCUUGGCAAACAAUUAGCCAAGUGUCAUGCCAUUUAUAAAAUACAAACGAUUGUAUGUAGCCUGUUGUGUUAUGUCCAAUCUUACUAUUUACCUGUUUUUACUUUUAUUUUCUACAAGUUGAAUAUAACUUGCCAUAAAAGGGAAAUUGUGAUA